UUCGCUCUCUUGCUCAACCGCCAAUCAGCUGUUUGUUUAGUUUAUUGUUCUUUAGUUGCCACGGUAAUUUUAACUAAACAGUAAAUUAGUGUAGAAAAUAAAAUAAAUUUUUAUUAUCUACGUCUGACUACGCAAUUGAUGGAAGUUGAGGAUCAUGGAGUUUGAAUUUAAGGAACAUUCUAGUGAAGGCACUGACGGCUCUUCUGAGGAGCUCAAUCUCAAUCAGCGGUUUCGACAUGCGGGCGACCUUACGGGUGAGCCCCCAACGCGAGUUUUCUCUGAGAUCCGCAUUAAAGUACCCUGGGGCCACAUUGCUGGUAAAUGGUAUGGUCCCCAGAAUGUGCAGCCCAUAUUGGGUAUGCAUGGCUGGCAGGAUAAUGCAGGGACAUUCGAUAUGUUAGUGCCUUUGCUAUCGCCAGACGUGGCAUUCCUUUCAAUAGACUUGCCAGGUCAUGGAUUGUCUUCACGCUUGCCAGAUGGCUGCUAUUACAAUUCGGUGGAUAAUCUAUAUGUGAUAAGGCUUAUCAUGAAGCAAUAUAAAUGGGAGAAGGUGUCACUGGUUGCCCAUUCAAUGUCUUCCAUAAUUGCUUUUGUGUUUGCAGCUGUGUUUCCCGAUAAAGUAGAUAUGAUAGUUUGCAUUGAUUCAUUGAAACCACACCAGCGCCCCUAUCCCGCGGUCAUACGAACCAUGGAGACACGUCUGGAUGAAUUUCUGCGGGAAGAUGAACGCAAUCGUAGCAAAACCGAACCGCCAAGUUAUACAUACGAUGAGCUGCUCGAGCGCGUCUACCUAGCUACCUUUCACUCUGUCAAUAAGGACCUCUGCAAACAUAUACUUGCGCGUAACAUCCAGAAGUCGGGCAAGUAUCCGGACAAAUUCUUCUUCUGCCGCGAUCGCCGCUUAAAGUUCUACAAUUAUGCGAUUGGCUCCCAGGAGCUGUGCGUCGAAAUGGCUCACCGGAUCACGUGUCCCCAUUUAUUUAUCAAGGCAUCGCAGUCGACCUAUUUUGAGGACAAAAAGAACUACGAUGAAGUGCUUGAGGUGCUGUUAAAGAAAUCAAACUUCGAGUAUGUGGCGGCAAAUGGCACGCAUCAUCUGCACUUGAACAACCCAGAGGACAUUAUUGGUCCGAUCAACAGCUUUAUACAACGCUUUGGCCCCGCUGCAUCUGCAGCGGCACGUCAAAAGGCUAAGGAAGCCGCUGAGAGCAAACUCUAGAGCUCACUCAUCACAGCAACAGCGAAGCAAAAGUUCAGUAUAAGGUUGGGUCAAUUGGGGCUUAUUUAUUGUUGCAUAAAUGAUUCUGUGUAUCGAUG